AAAAACAGUGCAGUAGUAGUACAGCCUUAUUAUGUAUCUCGAAGCGAACGUUCGUUUCGUCUGCCAGACGUUUCGUUCGUGCGUUGGUAGUAUGUAAGUCGAAAUCGUCUGGCAGCACGAAAACAGCUGAUCGUUACGUAGUUGUUCGUCUAGUUUGGAAUUUUUUAACGCGAAUAGGAGACGAAAGUGAGACGACAAUCGUUGAAAAUAGACGAAAGGUUAUUAGUGAUCGUUAAGAUGGAGGGUUCUGCCAGAAAAAGUAAGAAGAUAAAAAAAUAUAACUUGAUUUAAGAAAAUAUAUUAAUAUUUAUGCUUGCAGCGUUGAAAAAAACUACAACCACACAAUUUGAGGUAUUAGUUAAAGAAAUGGAGAGAAAUCCUGACCUGGCCAGAGGUGUUGCAGUGUUUGGUUCUGAUCGAGGAAGGGUAGAGGAGCGGUGGGAGGAAAUUAUGAGGAAAAUUAAUUCUCAUGGUCCACCUACAAGAACGGCCGUCGAAUGGAAGAAAAUAUGGGCUGACUUGGAAAGCUACCGGUGGUGGCCCAUUCCGCCACUCUCCGCUUUCCGAAAUGGAGCAGACCAUAGACAGCCUUGUUUUUAUUUCAAGGUCAGCGGCACCGAGCGUCAGAGUUUUCGGCAUUCCUUCGACGGCGACUUCAAACGCAUCCAGACAUUCGUCGAUUGAGGAAAUGCCUCCUUUACUUGUGCCAGAAUCGCCGACACUAGAUGAACGAAGGCAACCAACAACCCUUGAGUCCCCUAUAAGGCACAACCAACCACCACCAGUGGGAGUAGUGACUCCCACUACACAGACAACCCGCCCUACACCAACGCACACGUUACGUUCCACAAAUAGGAAGCGCACCUUCCAAGAGACAGUGGCUGAAUCUGCCAAAAUCCAAGCCGAAGCCGCUAAAGUGCAGGCUGAGGCUGCAAAAAAAAUGGCAGAGGCAUCAAUGCUGCAGGUGGAAGCCACAAAUAAAUUAACUGCUGCAGUGGAACGCCAAUCUGCAAUUUUUGAAAAAUUUUUGGAAUACUUCCACAACUAAUUUGCAUAGUGAUUGUAUUGAAGUGAUAUUUUGUUUUUUUUUUUUGUGUAAAUAUUUUUUAGAUUUAAGUGUGAAUUAAUGUUUUGUUGCAUUUUUUUAGU